ACCCACCGAUCUCAAUACGCGUUGUGUUCUACGAACAUGACAAGCUCAUAUAAGUCCAUGCUAUUAUUCCUUUUCAAGGCGGAACGUAUGGUUUUAUGUCAGUAUUGUGGUCUAAGCAUUGUCUCUUAUUUGCACAAUGUUAUGCAUGGUUUACCCACCGAUCUCAAUACGCGUUGUGUUCUACGAACAUGACAAGCUCAUAUAAGUCCAUGCUAUUAUUCCUUUUCAAGGCGGAACGUAUGGCUCUGGGUCAGUAUUGUGGUCUAAGCAUUGUCUCUUGUACAAUGUUAUGCAUGGUUUACCCACCGAUCUCAAUACGCGCUAUACUAUUUUGUACCAUAUUACCAGAGCUAGGCACGAAUUUCGUUAUUUGUUCCAUUAAGCAUAUUUAUGAUUGGAACUUUGUGCUACUUUUUGUCAAAAGAAUCUUUGAUAUUCUCAAAGCGCCAAUGGACUACACGACUUUACCAAGAUAUUAGAAGGCCUCGGUUAUCUGAAAAUUUCAAUACCAACAUUUUGUUUUAUUAGCAGGUAUCCAUCGAGCUUGUUGAACUCUACACUAUCAAUGACAUGCUUCACUCCCUUAGCCGACAAUGUUGGUUGCAGCAAUAAUAACUAUGAUGUUGACACAAUGAUUAGAACUUUGUACUAAAUUUUAUCUCUA